AACGCAAGACGCGGUGCGCGUUCGACAUUUCCACGAAAAUAUGUGAAUAAUUCCGGAUCCUGAUGAUCCGCAAUCGCGGAGACAUAGUAACACGUUGCCCGACCAUCCUGGAAAACGAGCUGCGGUGGUCCGAUGCUAUUAAACACAAGUGAAACAGUUGAUUUUGCGUAGAGCGCCAGCGGACACAUCGCACCGUAACGCCAUUUUGUGUGAGCUCGUAGAUAGCAAGACGUAAACAUCAAACUUUCUAAUCGUGUUUAUCGGCGUGCGCGGGCCUGACCACAGAUCUCACCAGGAAGCGCGUGUCCCGUGCUCUCCUGGGGAUCUUUGCGGACCUCUAUUAGGUGGCACGCAUUAAAAAUCGUACAACCACCGAGGGUGGAUUUCGCGCCAAAUCGGCUGCUGCACCUGGUGCAUCUGCUCAUGGUUUAGAAACAGCUGUCUUUUCUAGAAGGAUUGCUGAUACACUUGUCGGCGUACUGUCAGUCUUGUUUGUGAGAGGACUACUAAGUUUAUUACACUCUGGGUUGUCUUGUGUAUCCAUUGUAAUACACUGAAACCUUCAAACUUUUACAUAUGAACAGAUACAUGUGGAGUCUUCUUCGAUUUGUUUUGAAACCUUAAGGGUUUGGACCUAUUUUGUGAGUCCGAUAGGAUCUUGACUUAAAUUGACCUUAUGAUUUUCAAUAUUGCCUGUGAAAUAUUCCUUAAAGAUCUAGGAAAUCGGACAUCAAUUGUUGCAUAGGCACCAGUGAAAUGAUACAACAGCUUGGUGCAAGAGCUAAUCUUAUGGACAUUAGUUGUUGAAUGCUCAAGCGUUCCAAAAUUACACAGAGAUGUAUAUGGUUAGUGGUGAGAGACACAACAAGUGAAACAACUAGCAAGGGAUGUUAUUCUAUCGGAAGCGCCGGCUGACGUGAGACAAGCCAAAAAAUGUCUGGUGACUCGGGAUGGAGUGCAGUUAUCCACCAUCCUUCGGAGCUUGAGCUGGAGAAUUGGAAUUGGGACGAGAAUGACGGGGAGCCCGAGCGCGAGCUUCCAUCGACAGUGGAUAUGGACGCCAUAAAGGGUGGUGGCAGCUGGGAUCCUGCAACUGGACCCAAUGGAACGGAUUCUGUGGACUCUGAGGAAGACUCUGACUCGGAAGACGAGAGUUCUGGUGGUACCGACGGCAGUUGUUCCUACUCUGAUUCUAAUUCUGAGUCGGACGACGAAACUAGCGGUGAAGAAGAGGGCGAGGACACUGGAUCAAACUCCGAUUGUACUUCGGAGCACAGCGAACAAACAUUCUCAAUAAGAGAAACAAAUUUUGAGCAGGGUGGACUUAAAUUGAAGAUUGCCAUGAAGGCUCCCAAAAAAGAGGAAAUAGAAAAAGCCCGGUGUGACAAGGGGAGGAGGAUGCUAACUAGAAGGACUAAGGCAGCUAAUCGUGGUGCUAAGACUUCAGACUGCAGCAGCGACGACUCGGACACUUCAACAAGCCGCCCGGCAUCGCAAAUGUCCCAACCACAGGAGCAGCAACAACAACAGCAGCAACAGCAACAGCAGCCACAGCAGUCCCAGCAGCAACCUCAGCAACCUCUGCAAGAGAUAAACCAAGAAGAUCUCGCAGCAAUACUGCCAGAUCAGGAGCACGAGGACGCUCCGUUCGACGGCUUUGAGGAUUCCGAGAGCGGUCGGCUCGUAUCCAAGGCCAUCGAAAGGAUGUCGCUGGGUGCCGACUCUGACUCCAGUGAGAAUACCGACCAAAAUCCAGUUCCGGUGUACAGUUCUAAGCUGCUCCAGCAAUUCGUUGAGAAGACGGCACUGCUCUCGGAGCCUAGAAAGCGUCGUAGUAAACCUGUGAAGAAAGUGAACGAUCCGGAAUACGUCUGUAUAUCCAACGUUUCUCCGGAUUCAGGAAUUCAGUCGGUAGACAACAGUCCUCUGCAUUUGGCUGUUAGUCCAAUUAGUCCACCGGCACCAUCGCAGUCUCCUGUCCAGACGGCCCCAACGAAACCAGCCGUGAACGUGGACAGGGUAUUGUAUCCGCCCAAGAGGAAACCCGGUAGGCCUGCCAAGACAGUUUCAACGCAACCUCGUGGACCAGGUAGGCCAAGGUUGAAGCCUGAAAUUGUGGAGAAAAUUGAAAAGAUUGAGAGAAACGAGAGCCCUGCUCAGGAGAAGAGCAAGGAAGGAGAUGGUGCCGAUAGUAAACGUGGUAAAUCCAGCUCAUCUCAAGGUAAUAAACAGAUUGCAGAUGAAGACAAGGAUGAUGCUCCUUUGGCCAAGGGCAACAAUAACAAUAACAACAAUAACAACAACAGCAGAACGUUAAAGAACAAAAAACCAUGUCAAAAGAAAAAGUAUAGUCCGGCAAAGACUUCUCAAGACCACAAAGUAGUAGCGUGCUCGAGGAAUGACAAAGAUUCUCCGACACGAGAAAAGUGCCUAAACAAAGCGACCGACAUUAACAGGCAUACCAAUGCUAAAGAGGCGACGUCCAAAUGCGAUGGUAAAGCGUGUAAAAACAAGAAUUCUAAGGAGAAAAGUUGCGUCUCUGCAAAGAGAAUAACGACGACGGGCGUCUCACCAAAUCGUGAGAAGUCAACGACCCAUUUACAAAGUGUAACGGAUGACAAGAGUGUCGCUGGUACUAGGAAAGUUUCCAAGGAGAACAGGAGUGAUGCAUCGCCAGCGUGCAAGAAACAGGUAUCACUGAAGAAGUCGAUGCCACCGGCGCCGCGACGUGUCCUUAAGGAAAAUAAAAGUAGCAAGAAGAACACCGUGGGUCUUGAGACAGCUGGUGUUGGCGUACAAACAGUGAUCUCUCUACCAGUUGGCGAUGUCCUCAAAGCUGAGAAUGUGGAGAACAACGUUUCCAACAACGAAGAUAGGGGGUCGCAGCCGGUGCAGAAUCAUAAACAUAAGCAUCAUCGUCACAAGCACAGAAGACGCCUGCUGGUGCCACCGAAAAAUCCAAUAAGAAUCGAUCCGUGCAUCGUUCAGGAACUUGAGAAGCUUAUAGAGGAGUUCUCGCGUUGCUGUACUUUAGGCAGAAACAAUAGCAGCUCUACUCACGCUGAACUACCGCAAAUAUUUAGGCUCAAAAAGAUCACCAAAAAGCGUAAGGGUAGUGACAUUAAUGCUACGGAGGAUCAGAAACUUAAGAGGAGGCUCAAAAAGGAGAAGGUUGCACUAAGCGCGGAUUCUAAGAGUUCCACCAAUAAUAAUUCCAAUAGUAAUUCAAACGAGCAACGAUUGCCGCUCAAGAAGCGCCAUUAUCACGUUUCGAGUCCUCACAGCUCGCAGAGUUCUAAUGCUAGCUGUACUGAAAUCAACGUGAAUGAGUCGAAUUCCACGGAAAGCCAUAUUGAAGAAGCUAUUGAGGCCACCAUUACUAGAUAUGGGGGAAGUUCUGCAAGCUCCAUCAACAAGGAUGUUGUUCCUGUCACACCUAAGAAGAGACAUAGGGAUACUGAAAGUGUGAUUCUUGAAAAAUUGGGCAAUGACAGCUACGACUCUAUGGAUGAUAAGCCGCUGAAUCAGCUAGAGAUACAACCUAGACGCAAGAAGAAAAUUCUUAGGGAUUUAAGGGUGACUGUUACGAAAUUGGUGUCACCCGAGAGUCAUGGAUUUAGUGAGCGAGUUGAAAAGGUUGACAAAGCUGUUUGUGAUUCAAAAUCAUUGAAGAGCCAAGGUGACAAGUCAAUAAGGAAUGAAAAACUGUCAGAAAAAAUUGUAAAGGGUGAUAAGAGUCACGAAAAAGUGGAAAAGAGUGACUCUCAUCCUGAUAAUGAGAAUUUGGAGGAAAAUCUCAAAAUUGAUAACGAUGCUAGUGCCACUGUGGAUCAUUCGGAAAUCUUUGUAAGCAUAGAAGAAGGCAAAUCCACUGCUAAAAACAAUCUAAGCGUAAAUGUGCCGAAUCCUACAAAUACAUUGAGCAAUUUAUUGCUGACCAAAAAGAAGAUACGCAGAAGAAAAGCAAUAAAUCGCACAGGAUUCCCUACAUUAAAGAAAAAGAAAAAGAAAAUGCCGGCUAUAUUGUCAGAAAGCGUGUCGCAAAAACCCAUAAUAAUUCCUCAGGCUGGAAAAUUCUCUAAUUCAACAUCCGAUGAUCUGGAGUUUCCAAAAUCUUUGGAUAAGAAUGCAACCUUAACUGAAACGGAAGUGCAGGACGUGUUACCUAUAAUCGAGGAACCCAAAGUUCAUGAUUUUGAGGAUGACAGAAUGGAUGAUCCAUUGGAAAUAAAGGAUUUUGAAGACUCCUGUUCAGGACGUCAUGAGUUAUCAAGUCGCAGCUAUUCAGACGAGAUCCUGGAGUCCUGCCACGGGCAAUUACGGGUGCGGAAAGACUUGGUGGAGUGUGAUGGUACGAGACCAUGUGACAAACUAUGCCCAGUGAAAUACGAGAAAGUGCAAGAUUCCAGGAUUUACGAUGAGAACGCGACCCUGGAAGAAUCGCUGGAACGUUACAAUCAGAGUCAAAGAGUAGCUGAACUAAACGAGGAAAAUUUAAGAAAGUUGGAACGAGCCAAUUCUCACGAGAAUGUCAACCUGGAAUUGGCAGGUGGUCUAAAUAAUAAUCACAGCCAUAAGAGGAGGAGAGCUUCAGCCAGUCCUUGCAAUUUGACCUUACGAAAUCUGAAGCGUUCCAGAAAUGCUGGUUAUGAUACAGAAAGUGAUGCUCUGCCAAGCAGUGACAUAGCAAGUGACGAUCAUGAUUUAGGAAAGCAUAUGAGUUCUGGUCAUGGUAGAAAAAAGCAACCUAGAUGGAAGAAGCGCUAUCUUCAAGCUGGACUCUUUUCGGAUUACUUCAAGGAAGAUGAACCAAGAAGACUCGCCAACUCUGACAAUGGAAAGAAUAAAAUGGCUUAUGAUCCUGCUGAGCAUCCUCAUGGUUUAUUACCGCCUCCUUAUCACUGUGGAAAAUUCCUGAGGCAAAGAAAAAUACCCUUCCAACUGCCUUAUGAUCUCUGGUGGCUUCAUACUCAUUCUCGAUUGCCUGGACGUGAUCUGGUACCAUCUUGGAAUUACAGAAAAAUACGAACUAACAUUUAUUAUGAUGUAAAGCCUACUACUCUUUACGAGUCUCAAGCCUGCGAAUGCAAACCGGAAAGCGGCUGUGGCGACGAAUGCAUUAAUCGUAUGGUCUUCAGUGAGUGUUCUCCACAACUUUGUCCCUGUGGCGAGAAGUGUGAGAAUCAGAAGAUACAGAGACACGAGUGGGCACCUGCUUUACAAAGAUUUAUGACAGAAGACAAAGGUUGGGGAGUGAAAACACAGCAGGCUAUCAAAUCCGGUGACUUCAUUUUAGAAUAUGUCGGCGAGGUGGUUUCAGAGAGGGAAUUUAAAUCCAGGAUGGCAACAAGGUAUGCGAAUGACACUCAUCAUUAUUGUCUACAUCUCGAUGGUGGCCUGGUCAUUGACGGUCAUCGAAUGGGCGGCGAUGGUCGUUUUGUAAAUCAUUCCUGCGAGCCAAACUGCGAGAUGCAAAAAUGGAGCGUCCACGGGUUACCUAGAAUGGCACUUUUCGCUUCGAGAGACAUAAAAUCGGGCGAAGAGUUGACGUACGACUAUAACUUUGCACUUUUCAAUCCAUCGGAGGGCCAAAUGUGCAGAUGUGGCAGCACUGCUUGUCGCGGUGUAAUUGGUGGAAAAAGUCAGAGAGUGGCCAGACCUCUCGUUCCAGUUCCAACUCAAUUGGACACCACGGAAAGGAGAUCAGUUGGCCGUCCAAGGAAGAAUGUGCGCAAGUCUAACGUGGUCCACUCCGUAAACGCCAAAGGACUAUGCAAGUCGCGAAAAAUGGGAGAUACUAGUCUUGCGCACGCGCCUCUUGUGAAGCCCAUGUCUCAUCAGCAACGUUGUUUCGCCCAGCAACAUCAUUGCUUCCUUUUGAGGAAUCUUGAGAAGGUCAAGCGUCUCAAAUCGGUGGUCAACCAGGUACAGUCACAGACUGGCAAGGCAAAAACAAAUAACGUGCAGGCAGCUAAGGAAAAGAUAACUGGGGACUCGAAGACACAGUCGGAUGCAUUCUUUUCUCAGUUAACCGCCCUGACCAAUACCAAUGCGCGUACCGUUAGAACCAGGCGACUCGCGCAGGCGCAAGAUGAUCCGGAGGUAAACAAGACUGCUAAGCUGGCCAAGGUAUUGAAAGAUCUUUAUACAAUCGUUGCCACUGCUAACGAUGAGAAUGGCCAACCGCUUUGUGCUGCGUUCAUGAAUUUACCACCAAAGAGAAAAUUACCGGAAUAUUAUGAGAAGCUUCAAGAUCCCAUUGACUUGACAAUGAUAGAUCAGUGUAUCGGUACCGGUCAUUAUAAGACAGCUGAGCAGUUCGAUCAGGAUAUGAUAAAAUUAUUUGACAAUAACGUGAAAUUCUUCGGGAGGACAUCCGAAAAUGGCAUAGCCGCAGCACGAUUGCGUAAACUGUACCUAGGAAGCAAGGCGGACUUCAUUGAUCCGAUAACGGAUGCGACUGGAGCACCACCGUCUCAAGGAUUCCUACCACCUAGAGGAUCAACUGCUGGGGAAGAAGAUGUCAUAAGAUGCAUCUGUGGUCUUCACAGGGACGAGGGUUUGAUGAUCCAGUGCGAGAGAUGUCUAGUUUGGCAGCACUGUGACUGCGUGAAGGCUGACACCAGUGUGGAAUCUUAUCUCUGUGAAAGAUGUCAACCUCGUCCAGUCGACCUGGAGAUACCUCUAGAGGGGGAGGAAGAGGAAGAAGGCAAGUCUCAUUACGUUACCUUGCUACGUGGUGAUCUACAACUACGUCAAGGUGACACAGUCUACGUUUUGAGGGAUACACCUGAAAAACAUACCUACAAAACCAUUCAGAAACCUGACUACGAGCAAAUGGAUAUAUUCAGAAUAGAGAGACUGUGGAAAAAUCCAAAAGGCGAGAGAUUUGUGUUCGGCCAUCACUAUUUGAGACCUCAUGAAACAUAUCACGAGCCAACACGAAAGUUUUAUGAGAAUGAGGUCGUGUGCGCGCCAUUAUACGAAGCUGUACCCUGUGACUUGGUAGCUGAAAGAUGUUGGGUUCUGGAUCCGCACACUUACUGCAAAGGCCGACCAGUUGGGUCCACGCCGGAGCACACGUAUGUCUGUGAAUAUCGGGUUGACAGGGCUGCCAGACUUUUCACCAAGGUAGCUCGCGCAAGACAUCAAGUGUGUACAAAGCCUUAUGCCUUUGAAGCAUUUCCACAGCGGAUCAAACACUAUCGCACUUACUUGCCACAUAGUUUGGAUGGCAUACAAGCUAACAACAAGAUUUUUAAUCACAAGAAGAAGACAAAUGGCCAGGACACAGAGAGUAUUAAUCACAAACUUCAAGAAUCGCAUGAAAAUGUCAAACUUAAUGGAAAGGAUCAAAGUAAAUCGUCCAAUGGACGAACCAGACGUCGUUCCAGCGACAGUUUACACGUGCCUACGUCUUCCAUGUCUUUUGCUCAAAGAGAAGAACAGAGGAAGAGACUAAAUAGCAUCCUGACAAAUCUUCUCCAGAGGAUGCCCAACAAAAAGGAUCCAUUGGAUCUCUCCUUCCUCCUCGACAGAAACAGAAGAAAUCGCAAGAGGCCUGGUGGAUUGAAUCCGUGACAAUGGAUAAUACCACGACGAUAAUAUAGAGUCGCAUCGAUGAUUUUCACGCUACAAUCGAUCCGAUCUCGUAGACGAAGCACUGCUUUCCAGGUAUAUAUCGUAAUUCCUUCAAAUAGUUUUUGUUUCUUCUAUUUUUUUCUUGCUAUUAUAAGAACAAUUACGAUUUUACAAUGGUAUAAAGUAGAUAUACCUAGGUCGCCUCGCCAUAUUUUUCGUCUGUAUCUCGCUCAUACGAACAAACCAUUCGUCCAUUGAUUGUACGAGCUUUCUUUUUUUAUUAUAAUCCCUCUACGGUAUUGAUAAUUUAUUGAUCGAUUGCAUCGCCGAGAAUCCGAGAUAUUUCUAUUGGCCGAUAAAUCGAAUAUUAAUGAUAAGUUAUGCAGAUUCGCUGUAAAGUCUUUUGUAACCGGUGACGUAACGGACAAAUUUUAUACCAUGUCCAAAUUAUACAUAACUGUGACACAUGCGAGUUAGGUCGGAGAGUUCUGUUAAAAAAAAAAAAAAAAAAAAAAAAAAAAAAAAAAAAAAAAAAAAA